AUGUCUGCUGAUAAGUCUCAAGUAAAGCUUAGGUUUUUCACUAGGGAGAAAGAUGAGUCCCUACACGUUCAAGAUACACCUGUGUACGCACCUAUUGCGCUGAAAAGAUUUGGUCUAUCAGAGAUUGUCAACCAUCUAUUGCAAUCAGAGAAACCAGUGCCUUUCGAUUUCUUAGUUGAUGGUGAAUUGCUACGCUCUUCUUUACAAGAUUACUUGACUAAGAAGGGACUAUCCAGCGAAACACUACUAAACGUUGAAUAUGCAAGAGCUGUUCUACCACCAUCAUACUUAGCUAGUUUCAACAAUGAGGACUGGAUUAGUUCUAUCGACAUGGGUGAUCAAAGAAUCAUUAGUGGAUCCUAUGAUGGUAUCGUUCGUACUUGGAACCUUUCAGGUAAAGUGGACAAACAAUACAGUGGUCAUGCUGGUGCUAUACGUUCUGUGAAACACAUUUCUAAUACAAGAAUUGUAUCUGCCGGUAACGAUAGAACUCUACGUCUUUGGAAAACGAAAAAUGACUCUACCGCUACGGAUGAUGAAAAUGUAGAAGAAGGUAAAACUUUAGCCAUCUUAGAAGGUCACAAAGGACCAGUGGUCUCCGUGGAUGUCUCUGAUAAUGCAAGAAUUUUGUCAUCUUCUUAUGAUAACAGUCUUGGGCUUUGGUCUACCAACUACAAGGAAAUGAAUAACGUGGACCCCAUGGAGGAAUUGAUCAACAGUAAUGAAAACAAGGUUUCCACCGCUGCUAGAAAGAGAAGAAAACUAGCGUUAAAAGAUGGAUCCAUUAGAAGAAGAGCACCAUUAUCACUGUUGGAAUCUCAUCAAGCACCCGUGGAACAAGCAUUGUUUGACGCCAGAGAUAACACCGUUGGUUAUUCUGUUUCUCAAGAUCAUACAGUAAAGACUUGGGAUUUGGUUACAUCUCGUUGUGUGGAUACAAAAACUACUUCUUAUUCGCUUUUGUCGUUGGCCCAACUACCAAGUUUACAUUUACUGGCGUGUGGUUCAAGUGCUAGACACAUCACACUACAUGAUUUCCGUGCUAAUUCAAGUUCAAAGAUUACUCAACAGCAACUUCUAGGACACAAGAAUUUUGUCGUUUCAUUAGACACUUGUCCUGAAAAUGAGUACAUGCUCGUUUCUGGUUCUCACGAUGGUACUGCUAAAGUUUGGGACAUUAGAGCUAAUUCACCCAUGUAUACUAUUACUAGACAGGAUCCAUCAGUGCAAAAAGGUGUUAAUGAUAAAGUGUUUGCUGUGAAGUGGGCACAAGACGUAGGGAUCAUUAGUGGUGGUCAGGACAGGAAAUUACAGAUAAAUAAGGGUGACAACAUUUAUAAGAAUUAA